AAAUGGGGCGUGGUAAAGGGAUACUUCCUUUUCUCAACGACAUUCUUCUGACAAUCACCGAGCUACAUACAGUACAAUCUGUCCGCAGCAGCACGAAACUCAUUAUAUUGCAUCCUGAAAAGGAAUCAAGAUGUUUUACACAUGUGGACCCAAUGAAGCCAUGGUGGUGUCUGGCUGCGGCCGUUCUCCACCUCUGAUGAUUGCUGGAGGAAGAGUGUUUGUCAUCCCGUGCAUCCAGAAGAUCCAGAGAAUCACACUCAACACCCUGACUCUGAACGUGAAAAGUGAUAAAGUCUACACUCGUCAUGGCGUCCCCAUCUCGGUCACUGGAAUUGCACAGGUGAAGAUUCAGGGUCAGAACAAGGAGAUGCUGGCCACAGCCUGUCAGAUGUUCAUGGGGAAGUCUGAGGCUGAGGUCGCUCAGAUCGCUCUGGAGACCCUGGAGGGCCACCAGAGAGCCAUCAUCGCUCAUCUGACUGUCGAGGAGAUCUACCAGGAUCGUAAGAAGUUCUCUGAGCAGGUGUUCAAGGUGGCCUCCUCCGACCUGGUCAACAUGGGCAUCGGUGUGGUCAGCUACACCCUGAAAGACGUCCACGAUGAUCAGGAUUACCUUCACUCUCUGGGAAAAGCCCGGACAGCCCAGGUCCAGAGAGACGCAAGGAUCGGAGAGGCUCAGUAUAAACGUGAUGCUGUUAUCAGGGAGGCUCAUGCAAUGCAGGAAAAGGUUUCUGCGCAGUACAAGAACGAGAUCGAAAUGGCGAAAGCUCAGAGAGACUUUGAGCUGAAGAAAGCAGCCUACGACAUUGAGGUCAACUCCAAGAAGGCCGAGUCAGAGAUGGCCUACCAGCUUCAGGUGGCCAAGACCAAGCAGCGCAUCGAGGAGGAGAAGAUGCAGGUUCAGGUGGUGGAACGAACGCAGCAGAUCACGCUGCAGGACCAGGAAAUCAUCCGCAAAGAGAAGGAGCUGGAGGCCAAAGUUAGGAAACCUGCAGAAGCUGAGAAAUACCGGAUGGAGAAGAUAGCCGAGGCGCAGCGUCUGCAGCUCAUCAUGGAGGCUGAAGCUGAGGCAGAGUCGAUUAAGAUGAAGGGCGACGCCGAGGCCUUUGCUGUGGAGGCUAAAGGUCGCGCUGAAGCAGAGCAGAUGGCCAAAAAGGCCGAGGCCUUUAAGCAGUACAAAGAUGGAGCCAUGGUGGACAUGCUGCUGGAGAAACUUCCUCUGAUGGCUGAGGAGAUCAGCAAGCCGAUGUCGAAGGCGCAGAAGAUCACCAUGGUGUCCAGCGGCGGCUCAGAGGUGGGAGCCGCCAAACUGGCAGGGGAGGUUCUGGAGAUCAUGACCCGGCUGCCAGAGGCUGUGGAAAAACUCACAGGAGUUGAAAUCUCACAGGUCACUUCGAAGGCGUCCCGUGUGCGUUAGGAAGGGUGAUCAUCUGAGAGCGCCACGCCUCCUCCUCGUGUCCAAUGUGUGCCGUCGUUCUUCUCUUGCUGUUGGUCCAUGCAUGUUUCCCCUCCUUUCUGUGGUUUCUCCUCAUUUCCUGGAUGUCUGCUGUUUUUCUCCUUGUUGUUAUCGUCCACAGAAACACUCAAUGUUUUUUGGGCCCGCCGGAGUCGCAGCCGCGCAGCCCACUUUAGCUCAACAUGAAGUCAGAGCUGCUGCCUUUUUAUACCUGGUUUUCAAUAUGCAACUUCUUGCCUUGUGGUUUUCCUCAUCGUUCCUGCGAAUGAGCUGGACCGCUAAACCAUCGCUCCUCGGAUCAGAGGUCACUGUGCCUUUUUUAAUUUAUAUCAGAAUGCAAAGUGCUUUAGCAAGUUCAGGGAGCCCGAAUUACACCUGCUGCUACAAUGGAAGAACUGUCCUGUCACUUGAAGAGCGGCUCCUCCCAGUCAAAAUCAGGUCUGAAAUGUAGGGAAAGCUCUCACAUUUGUUUACUACAACAAUUGUCGCUCUUUCUGUGGUCCUGACUGUUGAUUAUGUAGAGCUCUUAAAUCAGGGCUGUCAAAGUCAUUUUCCUUUUGGGCCAAAUCAAGACCGUAAAUGUUCUUAAAGGGCCGGUUGUACCAGAAUUUGUUGAUGAAACCCAUUAAGUUAUUAAGAUAUAAAUCAAUUCUUAAAAUGAAACACUGAACAUAUCUUCAGUCUCUGCAAGUUUUCACAAUCAAUAUUUUUACAAUAAAAAUGUUUUCAUUAUUCACCACAUCACCCCUCAUAAAGUAAGGCUGAGGCAGCUAAUUAGUAGAAGUAUAGUAAAAAUACUGCAACCUGCAGGUCAUUUAGAGCCAAUCUUCGACAGAGUUUUGCAAAUAAUUUCUUAUAAACUCACAAUUAUGCGUUAAUGUGAAAAAGUGCAGGGAUUUGUUGAUUUUACGCAAGUUUCCCCAAUAAUUCACAAAAACUGGGGUGACAGAUUGAUACAAUUUGCCAAUAAUUGAUUGAUAAAAUAAUUAAGCUUGCUGUUAUCAUGGCGGUUCUAUUUAUGUGUGCCUUUCGAGUCAAGAGGGCCCAGUUUUGCCCCCAGGCUUUCAGUUUGACACAUCUGUUUUCCUCUUUGGUAAUUAAAUUACUAAUCACUGCUAGAUGAUGUUCAAACAACUUUAUGAAACCCAGACAGCCGACUUUGGCUACAUUUCUUAGUUUGAGCUGCAGGCAGAGGGAUUUCAGUCUCAAAAUGUCGGAGGAAGUGUGAUGAGAACAAGUUUUUGUUUGACGAGAAGAAAGUUUUGAGGUUUUCCUGUUCAUUGACGGUGUCUCGUGGUUGGAGAAAAGCAUGUUGUCUCUUUGCAGCAGCGUUGCAGUCAAAGUUCUGGGCUUAUGUUUUAUGCUGUAGAGAGAAUCUGCACUAAUGUAACAAUUCACACCUCAGCUUAUGUAUGUUUUUCUUUUCUUCUUGGAGUUUAAAUUGAACUUUGGAUGUUUUUUUUUUCCAAUUUUGAUCGUACUGAACCUUUAAAUGAUAAAAUCAUACAGAAUGUUUGAGACGUUAGCUGAGACCUGUUCUAAUACAACUGCAGGUGUAUUCUUAUAAAUUUUGUUGUAUGUGUAUUAACUACCAGUUGUAUCUGUAUCAGAUUUAAUAGACUUUUACCCAAAACACCUAAAGGUUUUGCAUUAGCAAGCCUUCUUGCUGUCGAUGUGAUUCUUGUGAAGAAUGCUUCGAAAACAUUUGUUGCAUGGCUACUUCAACUGACAGGAACGUAAGUCAUAUAUAGUGUGAAACUGCUUGUACUAAAUAGUCUGUAGUGAACGAUUAAUAAAAUGUUUAACUCACUGAAAA